CCUUACUUCCGGAUAAGUCCAAGUUAUCGCGGUGCUCGCAGAUAACUCCCGGUUAAUGGUAACGUCUGGUAACGAAGACGACGUUGGCCUACGGUUCCUGGAACCCACGUAACAACACACGCAUUGGACAUAUCGAGCUCAUCGUCAAUAUUCUUGACUUUGUUAACGGAAUCAUCGUGUUUGGUGGCAACUUUAAGACUAUUUAGUGGCCCAUGGACGCAGAGGGUGAGUCCAUGGGGAUGAGAGGUGAACGAGAGGUGCAACGCUCCCGCUUGUGGGCUCAGUGACUUACUCUCUGGGCUCACGAUGGCGCAGGGAGGCCCGGAGUUAGACUAUCACAUCCUGCAGGACCUCAAGCUGCGCUUCCCGGAGAUCCCUGAGGCAGUAGUGAUCCAGUGCCUUUUGCAGAACAAUAACAACCUGGAUGUAUGCUGCCACCUGCUGGCUAAAGAAAGCAACCGAUACCUGUAUGAAGAUUAUCACAGUCCUGAUGAGGUGCGCCUGAACAGGAACCACAUGCUGCAUAUCAGCCUGGGCUGCCCCCCAUCAGAGGGCAACAAGACCAGCAGCCCAGGUCGCCACCUGGUGCACAGCACCAGUGACAGCCACAUCGAGCCUCCAAGAGGUGGAUUCCCUGAGCCCCUCUCAGCCCCUGCCAUGGCCCCCUCGCCAGGGUACAACCCCUUCUUCAUGAAUGAUCAAGGACGCUCGGCCAGCACCCCCACACCCCCUCCCAUGCAGGGCAUGUCCCCGACUUACAACCCCAUUCCCCGAUACACCAUGAACCCGAUCACGGUCACCCUCUCCCAAAACCUGCCUAACGCCCCGCAGGCUUUGCAGAUCCCCACUUCUUACAACAGCAGCAACAACAACGCCCUCUACAUCCGUCCCUCCCCCUCUCAGAGCCCUCAGCCUGCACCCUGGCCCUCAUCUGGUGUGCCUGUCUACCAGCCCAACCCGUACCAGGCUCCUUCCUACCCCUCCCACCCCUCCCCUUAUAGCUCACCUCAGCACCAGCUCCCCCAGACGUCACAUGUGUUCUUGCCCAUAAGCCCUCCGAACCUCCAGAACAUGCCCUACCAGCAGCCCCAGCAGCCCACCAUGUCCUACCGACCCUACCUCUCCAAGAGCUCCCUGAAGAACCAGAUUGAGAUCACACUGGAAGGGCCGCGGCCACGCAGCAACUCCCCAGUCCACAAUCCCCAGGGUCCGUCCUACUACAUGGCCACCAGCCCGUCGCCCGGCUCCCCGUCACGGGCCAUCAGCAUGACGGGUCCCGCGGGUACGACCUUCCAUCACGGGGUGUAC